AUGCAGUGGGCGACGUCGGAGGACGCCAUACUCCACGUCGAGAGUUCGCGAACUGCGGUCGCCAUCCUCGGCGUCAAUCCGAGCACCUGGACAGAGGCGGACGUCGGCCAAGCGUACCGCGCUCUCGCCAAGCUCCUCCACCCCGACCGGAGUUCAGCAGAGGCGGGGAGAUCGCAGGCAGCCUUCCAGAAGGUGCACGAGGCGCGUGGCGCGCUCAAGUCCAUCGUCGCGCGACGCGCGCCGCCUCCGCCACGGCCAGCUCCGCCCGCCCCGGCACAGCAGCCGCGGCCCGCAAAGCGGGCGCCGGCCAGCAAGCCGGCAAUGGCGGGAAAGCGCGCCAAGUUGGCGCCGCAGAAGGCAGCUCGGCCUCCAGAGCCAUCGCCGAAGCGGGCCAAGCCGGCGGCGCAGGCGCGGCCGCCGCAGUCACGGCAGCCGCAGCCGCAGCGCCGCAGCGCGGCGGCGGCGGCGGCGAAGCCAAAGGCGGCGGCGAAGCCAAAGGCGGCGGCGGCAAAGCCAAAGCCGGCGCCCAAGCCGGCGCCCAUGCGGCCGAUCCCGCACCGGCGCUGGAUCAUUUCGAGUGACGAACUCGCGGCGCUGCUGUCCCAGCUGCUGGCGGCGGUGCAGCGCUUCAAGGAGGAGAAGAGUGCCGCCGAGGCGACGGUGGGCGUGGGCGAGGAGUGGGCUGUGCACUGGAAGCCGCGCAAGAAGGCGGUCUGGUCGGGGUCGGGGUCGGGGGGCGACUUUUACGCCUACCGCCUCGCCUCGCCCGACCGCACGUACCGCUCGCGGCCCGAGUUUGCGCUGUCUGGCGCCGAGGGUCCCGCCCCCACCCGCUCUCGCUCCUCCGCCUCCGCCCCCGCCCCCGCCCCCGAGGAGGUCGAGGCGGAGGCGCCGGCGGAGGCGGCACCGGCGGCGCAGCCCUCUCCGCAGCAGGCAGAGGCGGAGGCUGAGGCGGCUGAGGCUGAGGCGACAGAGGUGGCCGAGGCGGCGGCGGAGGCGGCGGCGGAGGCGGUGGAGGAGGCAGCGGAGGAGGCGGCGGAGGAGGAGGCGGAGGAGGCGGCGGAGGAGGAGGAGGCGGAGGAGGAGGCGGAGGAGGAGGCGGAGGAGGAGGCGGUGGAGGAGGCGGUGGAGGAGGCGGCCAACGACGAGACGGGCGAAGUCUUCAAGAAGAAGGAGCAGGCGGCGGCGGAGGAGGAGGCGGAGGCGGAGGGCCCCGGCACGCCUCCCGGCACGCCGCUGCCGCCGGAGGCGGAGGCGGAGGCGGAGGCGGAGGCGGAGGCGGAGGCUGAGGCGGCGGAGGGGGCGUGA